UUGCUGGGGUGCUGGCUGGCUUUCAACGAGGAAAGAGAGAAGUUGCGCCAUUGGAGAGAGAGAGAGAGAGAGCGACAUUUUACGAGGAGAUCUUUCCCUAGCAGAAGGGAGAUUACAGAGAGCAGAGAGAAAGAUAUUUCGCAGAGGCCGGGAGAGAGGAAGUUGGUAUAUCUAGGUUCUCAAGCAAAGGGGAGCCUCGUCGCCGGAGUUUAUACCGGAUUCCGGAGCUCCGAUCAAGGGCAAAUCCGGAGUCGUCCUUCACCGCUUCGACGAGCUUGCUACCACGGAAGGAUAGGAACGGCCAGACGACCUCCAGCCAGCGUUGCCGAUCAGGAUCCCAAACCGCCGAGCAAAGCAGUUAGUAAAGAGUCCCAAACGCGGCUAACCAGCUUUAUGGUCAUGGUGGUGCACUCAACCACAGUCCAGCUCAAUGGUCACAACCCUGAAAUGAUCUCGCUGAAGAUCAUGAAAGAAAGGGAAAUUUGAUAUCCUAUUGCAUAAUCCACAUUCCACAAUGGGGGUGUUGAUAUGGUCGUGAAGGAAGUUUCACUAUUGUUGCGUCAAGCAAUUUGUCUGCUUACGUAAAAAGGGUGAAAGCAGAGAUUCAAAAACAGGCGAAAGCAGAGCAAAACGCUUCAUUUGCACUUCUCGUCUGAAAGCAGAGGACUUUACAUUAUAUUCGAGUUUGUUUGAAGUUGCAGAAGAAGCAGAGAGCAAUGGAGCUCUCCUUUCGCUCCCAUUUUCUCCUUUCAGCCCUGUUUUGGUGUCUGGUGCAUUCAUCCGCCUUUGGCUUGGAAAAGCCUUACAUCGUCUACUUAGGAUCUCAUGCACACGGUCCAGAACCGACCGCGGCAGAUAUUGAAAGCGCCACCAAUUCUCAUUAUGAUUUACUCGGAUCGUACUUGGGAAGCAAUGAGAAGGCUCAGGAGGCAAUUUUCUAUUCAUACACUCAUCACAUCAAUGGUUUCGCCGCAAUUCUUGAAGAGGAUCAAGCAGCAGAAAUUGCGAAGCACCCAGAUGUCUUGUCUGUGUUUCUAAGCAAAGGAAGGAAAUUGCAGACAACAAGGUCAUGGCAUUUCUUGGGGCUAGAGAGAAAUGGGGUGAUUCAUCAGAGUUCCAUCUUGAGGAAGGCUCGGUUUGGUGAAGAUACAAUUAUCGGCAACCUUGACACCGGUGUUUGGCCAGAAUCGAAGAGCUUUAGCGAUGAAGGGAUGGGUCCUAUUCCAGGAAAGUGGCGCGGAAUCUGUCAACGGGGCAUAAAAGAUGACUUUUCUUGCAACAGGAAGCUGAUUGGAGCGAGGUACUUCAACAAAGGCUAUGCUGCUUAUGCUGGACGUCUUAACUACACAUUCUACACGGCACGGGAUCACAAGGGUCACGGGUCCCACACUCUGUCGACAGCGGGAGGAAGCUUUGUCCCAGGAGCGAAUGUUUUUGGGUAUGGCAAUGGAACAGCUAAGGGAGGAUCUCCUAGGGCCCGUGUUGUGGCGUACAAAGUGUGCUGGCCUCCAAUCCAUCAGAAGAAGUGCUUUGACGCGGACAUCUUGUUAGGCUUUGAUGCUGCGAUAAGCGAUGGCGUUGAUGUUCUAUCUGUGUCUUUAGUAGGGGAUCCAGAAGAGUUUUUCAUGGAUUCGAUCGCCAUUGGAUCCUUCCACGCAGCUAGGAAUGGGAUUGUGGUGGUUUCUUCUGCCGGUAACUCCGGGCCCCAACCAGGGACCGUGUGUAAUGUUGCUCCAUGGAUGAUCACUGUUGCUGCAAGCACGAUUGAUCGGGAAUUCACGACGUAUGUUGCUCUUGGAGACAAGCAGCGCCUAAAGGGGUCGAGCCUUUCGGCCAAUGGGUUGCCAUCCAAUAAAUUAUAUCCACUAAUCAGUGGCGCAGAUGCGAAGAUUACAAAUGUGUCGGCCACAAAAGCUUUGCGCUGCUUGGCUGGAACCCUUGACCACAAGAAGGUGAAGGGGAAGAUCCUGGCGUGCCUUAGGGAAUACGGGACGGUUGACGAGGGACACCAAGCUGCACUUGCAGGUGCUGUUGGGAUGGUUUUGGCUAAUGAUGAAGCGAGUGGGAAUGAUAUUUUUGUUGCUCAAGCUUACGUUCUUCCCGCUGCUCACAUCUCUUUCCUGGAUGGGAAAGUUCUCUUUACUUACAUCAACUCCACGAAGUUUCCUGUGGCUCAUAUUACCCGUGUGAAGACAAUGUUAAACACGACACCUGCACCAAUUAUGGCAUCCUUCUCAUCUAGGGGACCGAACACUGUCGAGCCAGCAAUCCUGAAGCCCGACAUUACGGCACCUGGAGUGAACAUCAUUGCUGCUAAUACGCUGGCAGUCGGUCCGACAGGUGAAGAAUUUGACAAGCGUAGAACGCCCUUUAAAGCAGCCUCGGGCACCUCCAUGUCCUGUCCUCAUGUAUCUGGCAUUGUUGGUCUCCUCAAAACCCUCUAUCCCGGUUGGAGUCCUGCCGCAAUACAAUCAGCAAUCAUGACCACCGCAAGCACACGAGACAACAAGGUAGAGCCAGUGCACGAUUCUUCAUUGGUCAAGGCAACUCCUUUUUCAUAUGGUGCUGGACACAUCCAGCCAAGCCGUGCUAUGGACCCAGGUCUCGUGUAUGACCUGACGGUCAACGACUACUUGGACUUCCUAUGCGCCCGAGGCUACGAUGAAUCCCAACUGAGGUCAUUCACCAAUGAGAUUCACGCAUGCCCUAAACAUUUUAAUGUGGCGGAUAUGAACUACCCUUCUAUCACUGUCCCGAAUCUCAAUGGCACGGUGGUGGUCACAAGAAGGGUGAGGAAUGUGGGCACUCCUGGCACGUAUUAUGUGCGCAUUAAAGCACCAGCGGGAGUGGUGGUCUCCGUCCAACCACAGAGCCUGGUGUUUGAAAGGUUUGAUGAAGAGAAGGAAUUCAAGGUGGUGUUGAAACCUAAGGUUGCUGGCAAGCCCGUUGAUUACGUGUUUGGACGGUUGAUCUGGUCUGAUGGGGUGCACUAUGUGAGGAGUCCUCUGGUUGUGAAGCACCGGUGAACAUGACAACUGCGAGGAAGAUUGGGGCCUGACAAACUAAAUAGGCUCCGACGGUAGCUGGCUCUAGCCUUCAAUUUUCUCUUUGGGGGAGAGAAAUUUCUCAGGGGCAAUGAUUUUUUCUUCCCCUUUCUAUCAAGAGGAAACAAAGUAUUUCGUUUAAUUGGGGGAGAAAAAUGAAAUUUGCUUCAUGUAUUGACAAGUUUACUUGCUAAUAAAAAGUAAUUAUAGAUCCAGAUCAAAGAAA